AUGAGAAAUCUAACUGGAGAUUCGACUGCUGCAUCAUCUCGCCGAGGAAGAGGUAGAGUCUCGGGAGUUCCGAGCCAAUGUUGGUGUGGGGUUGCAGUUGUGGAAAAGAUUUCAAAAUCUGACUUCAAUCCGUAUCGCAGAUACUAUCGUUGUUCUUAUGCUGCAUCACAUAAGCUUGAAAAUGACAAUCAUGUUUUCAAAUGGGUGGAUGAGGCUUUUCUAAAUGAGAUAGACAAAUUGGGUGCUCAAUUAAAGAAAAUCGAACAAACCAUGGAAAAGAUAGAUCAAGGUAGAGAGGAGUUUGAGAAGAUGAUGUUUGAGAGUGUGCAAAUGAAGCUAGAGAAAGAGAUUUUUGAGAGGGUUGAAGAUGCUUUGUUGGAAUCCAAGGCAAACAUGAAGAAAAUGAUAAUUGGUGGAGUCAUUGGAUGUAUGUUGAUGAUCGGUUUAGUGAAACUAGUAGGCUAG